AUGAAAACUACUAAGGCUCCAGUCGAAUUGAGUUCUUGGCCUGACUUUAUCGAAGAGCGUAUCGCUUUGUUCGAUAAACUUAUGGCAAAGUACCAUGAAGAAAUUGCUGCGAAGAAAUCAGAGAAGAUCGAAAUCACUUUGCCAGAUGGCAAAGUGUUAGGUGGGGAAUCAUGGCGUACAACUCCACUGAUGAUCGCAGAACAAAUCAGUCGUGGGUUUGCUGAUAGUGCUGUUGUAGCAAAAGUUAAUGGCGAAGUAUGGGAUUUGGAUAGACCAUUCGAAUGUGAUGCAACUUUGCAGAUCCUUAAGUUUGAUGAUGAUGAGGGAAAACAGGUUUUUUGGCACAGUUCAGCUCAUAUCAUGGGUGAGGCUAUGGAGCGCUAUUGCGGCGGUCAUCUGUGUUAUGGUCCACCGAUUUUAGAAGGAUUUUAUUAUGAUAUGUGGAAGGAGGGAUCUGCAAUUACUCCAGAUGAUUUUCCGAAAUUAGAGCAGAUUAUUAAAUGUGUUGUCAAGGAUAAACAGCCAUUUGAGCGAUUGGUUGUUUCAAAAGAAGAUCUACUGCAAAUGUUCAAAUACAAUAAAUUCAAGGUCCGUAUCAUAAAUGAGAAAAUCACAACUCCUUUUACUACUGUAUAUCGUUGCGGGCCACUGAUUGAUUUAUGUCGAGGUCCGCAUGUGCGUCAUACGGGGAAAGUAAAGGCUUUAUCUGUGAUUAAAACAUCGAGUUCAUACUGGGAAGGACGAUCGGAUGCGGAAUCAUUAAUUCGCAUUUAUGGAAUAUCAUUUCCUGAUUCGAAGCAACUCAAAGAAUGGCAAAGAUUGCAGGAGGAGGCAGCUAAACGAGAUCACAGGAAAAUUGGACGUGACCAAGAACUGUAUUUCUUUCACCCAUUGAGUCCUGGCUCAGCUUUCUGGUAUCCAAAAGGAGCUCACAUUUACAACAGUCUGUGUAAUUUCAUUCGUAAAGAGUAUCGCAAACGCGGAUUUACUGAGGUUAUAUCACCAAAUAUGUACAAUAGCAAAUUAUGGGAGCAAUCAGGACACUGGGAGCAUUAUUCGGAUAAUAUGUUCAAAAUCGAUAUUGAAAAGGAGACAUUUGGACUUAAACCAAUGAAUUGUCCAGGGCACUGCUUGAUGUAUUCACACAUGCCGCGUACCCAUAAUGAAUUGCCUCUACGAUACGCUGAUUUUGGUGUUUUACACCGAAAAAAAACGGUUGAAGAAAUAACGAUUAUCUUUCAACAAGAUGAUGCACAUAUCUUUUGUCGUCAAGACCAAGUUGUCGAAGAAAUAAUGAACUGUAUCGAUUUUCUCAAAUACGCUUAUAAUGAUGUGUUUGGUUUUACAUUCAAACUUAAUUUAAGCACCAGACCAGAGGUGGGAUACCUGGGUGAUAUUGAAACGUGGAAUUCUGCGGAAGACAAACUGAAAGAGGCACUGAAUGCAUCUGGGCACAAGUGGGAGUUGAAUCCUGGUGAUGGUGCUUUUUAUGGUCCAAAGAUUGAUAUCACAAUUCAGGAUGCUCUUCGAAGACUCCAUCAGUGUGCAACAAUACAGCUUGAUUUUCAGUUACCGAUCCGAUUUGAUUUAUCUUAUUUUGAUGAAAACAGUGAGAGGCAAAGACCAGUGAUGAUUCAUCGCGCUUUGUUAGGUUCAAUAGAGCGAAUGACUGCCAUUUUAGCGGAGAACUAUGGUGGCAAAUGGCCGUUUUGGUUGUCACCACGACAGGCAAAAGUGAUCACAGUCCAUGAAUCCCAAAAUGAUUAUGGUCGAGUAGUGCAGAGAAAAAUAUAUGAAGCAGGCUUCGAAGUUGAAUUUGAUGCAGAUUCAUCAGACACAUUGAACAAACAGAUCCGCAAUGCUCAACUUGCUCAGUUUAAUUUUAUUCUAGUAGUCGGACCAACUGAAGCACGCAAUGGAACUGUAAAUGUUCGUACGCGUGAUAAUGCAGUGAGAGGAGAAAUAAAAUUGGAAGAUCUUAUCGAAAAAUUCAAACGUUUCCAAGAGGAAUAUGUUCGUGAUACAGAAAGCGUGGAAGAGUUUUAA